AACUCAUGUUUUGAUUCACUUCUUGCAAGUCUAUUCAUGUAACUUCUUCUCUAACUAUAGAGACAGUCUCCAGUACUGCUUAGAGAUGGCAUUGUUGUGCAAGUAUAUAAAUAAAGAGAUUUCCAACACAUGUGCCCUUUUAUUUCUUGGAACCUAGCCACUAAUUUUCUUAACAAAAGACAGAAUGUUCUCAAGCUCCCCAUGGUACUAUAUGCAAAGAGUAAUCCACUUUAUUUGCCUAUGGGUCCAUCUAGGUAAUUAGUAGGGAUUAACUGGGGAAAAUAGACACUCCACUAUCAGUUUUCAGAGAAACUCUGUAGGAUUAUGCUUGUUGGAGCCAUAUCUCUCUGAUUACUUUUUUGAUUGUUUUAUUUCCCAAUGUUUGAUUGCUUUUUUCCUUUCCUUAAUUGUUUCCAGAAUAUUUUUUCAUCUUAGAGUGACUCCUUUGCAGUACUGAACUGGGUGUAUUUUCCUUUGAGGUUAUCCUGUUGAAAUAAAACUGCCCAAAGCUCUGCCUGUACCUCACUUAGGCAGUGGACAGUUUGAGUUGUUCAGCUGUUUAUUGUGUGCAUUCAAAGCAGUCCAAAUUGGUCCAGUUAUCCAGAAGGAGGGGAGACUUUUGCCAUGCUCAAGUUGAGCAUUGUCUAUAAAGACUGCAGGGCCUGGCAGGCAAGAGCAAGAGAGCAGAGGCCGAGAUGCCGUGCAGGGGAGCGACGAGCAGCCAGGCAGGUGUCAGAGGCCACACGGAGGGCUGCCAAAGGUACGGAAUGGCUUCUGUAAGAGGAAGGGUUAGGGAAGAAUUCCUGUGGAAAGAAACAGUUUGGAACAGGGCAUGAUAAAAGUCUACAAAAUCAUGAGUGGCAAGGAGAAGGCUGAUUCUGAUGACAUCGUUACCAUGGAGGAGCAGAUUUAUCUUCUCUUGGAAGCCAAAGUUCAGUGUGAACUGAAUAUUACUGCCCAGCUGCAGGAGGGAGAAGGAAACUGCUUUCCAGAAUGGGACGGCCUCAUCUGUUGGCCAAGAGGAUCUGUGGGAAAAACGUUAGCUGUUCCAUGCCCUCCUUAUGUAUAUGAUUUCAAUCACAAAGGAGUGGCUUUCAGACACUGUAGCCUCAAUGGAACGUGGGAUUUUGUGCACAGCUUAAACAGAACAUGGGCCAAUUAUUCUGAAUGCCUUAACUCCUUACAGCCAGAAAUCAGCUCAAGAAAGAGAGAGUUCUUUGAUCGCCUCUAUGUAAUGUAUACUGUGGGAUACUCCAUUUCCUUCACUUCACUGGCAGUGGCCAUUUUAAUCAUUGGCUACUUCAGGCGGCUGCACUGCACCAGGAAUUACAUCCACAUGCACUUGUUUGUCUCCUUCAUGCUAAGAGCUGUCAGCAUCUUUAUCAAGGACAAAGUAGUGCAUGCUCACCUAGGGAUCAAAGAGCUGGACUCCCUACUGGCAAGUGAUCUUCGAAGCAUUGCAAUAGCUCCUUCUGUGGACAAGUCACGAUAUGUUGGGUGCAAGAUUGCUGUAGUGACGUUCAUUUACUUCUUGGCCACCAACUACUACUGGAUCCUGGUGGAAGGCCUCUACUUACACAGCCUAAUCUUUGUUGCUUUCUUUUCGGACAGCAAGUACCUCUGGGGCUUUACCUUGAUAGGCUGGGGAUUUCCAGCUGUCUUUGUUGUGGCCUGGGCAGUGGCUCGUGCGAUAGUAGCAGAUGCGAGGUGCUGGGAGCUAAGUGCUGGAGAGAUCAAAUGGAUUUAUCAAGCACCAAUUUUAGCAGCUAUUGGGCUGAACUUCAUUUUGUUCCUGAAUACUGUACGGGUUCUGGCAACUAAAAUUUGGGAGACACAUGCUGUUGGCUGUGACACAAGAAAGCAGUACAGGAAGCUAGCAAAAUCCACCUUGGUUCUCAUCCUGGUCUUCGGUGUACACUAUAUUGUCUUUGUGUGCCUACCACAUACGUUCACUGGGCUUGCAUGGGAGAUCCGCAUGCACUGUGAGCUCUUCUUCAACUCCUUCCAGGGUUUCUUCGUUUCUAUCAUCUACUGUUACUGCAAUGGGGAGGUUCAGACUGAGAUCAAGAAGACUUGGACGAGGUGGAAUCUGGCUGUUGACUGGAAGAAGACAGUACCAUGUGGCAAUUACAGAUAUGGCUCUGUUCACACCCACCUGACCCAUAGCACCAGUAGCCAGUUGCAGAUGGUGGCCAGCUCCCGUUUGCUCAUUUCCAGCAAAGCCUCCAGAAAUACCAGUAGGCAAAGUGAGCCACAUGUGAAUUUGCCUGGGUAUGUUAGAAGCAAUUCUGAGCAAGACUGUGUUCAGCAUUGGGUUCACAAGGAAGGUGGAGAGAAAGAGCUGGAUGAUGCAUCUCUGAAGGAGACUCUUAUGCUUCAGAAUAUCACUACAGAGGGGAACAGAGGAGAAACGGAGGAAGGGCUGUGAAUGCUCAUAGCUGUUCAUGGGUAUGACUGACAUAGCGCAGGGUGAAUCAUCUCAUUGCAUGGGAUAAAAAGUACCAAUCUGCUUUCUUGAGCUGGCUCUGUUGCCAGUGGUGCUCAGUUUACAGGAACUUCAGUUCUGCAUACUGCUGUUGACUAAGCAGAAUGGUUUCUAGAUUGCAAGUGUUGAAAGCACAAAUUGAAUUCUUCUCUACAGGCUUUGUAUACAAUAGCACCAAUUAUUUUGAUAUUGGCAUGUUCUUUAUAGACCUACAAUGCCUGUGUUUUACUUCAGUGUUGUACAACAGAGACAUCUGACAUUUUUAGUAAAUGUUCUGGGGUCAAAGAACAGUGACUUCUGCAUUUCUUUUGGAGGAGGAGCAGGACAGACCCUUUGGCGUGAAUGUAACCAAAGAGAUUGCUUGGAAUUUGGGCUGUCAGCCCGGGAUGCAGGUUUUCCAUCCAUUUCUUGUGAACUCUGAUCUCAAGCUUGGAAUCAUUGGAUUUGUUCUAACUAAGAAUUGUUUGACCAAUGCUGCUGUUUAAGUUCUGUAGCUCUCUCUUCGCGAAAAUGCCAGUGGGUGUUUAUUGCACAUUUGUGAAAACACCACGCUAUGAGGCUGGUCUCUGCAGGCUUCUCUGGGCAGUGGCAGGAAGGAGGGUUCACAGUGAAUUGAGGGCUGGAGCUGAACUGUCCCCUGGAGGAGUGUAGCCCUCUCCAUUGGCUACAGAAGUAGCUUACACAAACAAGCCUCCUAUGGUAGGUAGUGUAAAUACUCCCUGCAUCCAAGGUGCUAAGUGCCCUGAAUUUUCUUAGCGCACAGUCCCUAGUAUAGUCGGUGAACUCUGUGGUGAAUUGGGAAUGUGUGGGAAUGCUAGAGAAAUGUAGGGACCUUCCAUGACCUCCAGCAGUGCUUUUUGAGGGCUUACUUCAAGUAAAGUCUACUUCAUGCUGUAGUGAAGAAAUACCUCCUGCCACAGGCUGCCAUCUGAAGGGUCUCUACGCUGGACAGCAAAUGUUUAUGCCUAGUAAAUCAGUUACGUGUUGGCCAACGUUGUGAUCUAUGAGUUUCUACUACAUAGAGCUAGCAGUGUUCCACUGCCAAAAACCAGAACAGGGGAUGAUACCAAGGUCCUUGUCAGCUUCUUGACUGCUGUUGGCCAAGCCUGUGGACAGAGAUAAAAUUCAUUCAGUGGCACAGAAGAGCAUCUGUGGGUUUGUUAGUGAUGGAGUUCUCCAUCGAGAGUUGGGUCUUCCAGGGAUAACUGUGGAUUUCAGGGUUUUCCAGUUGCUUCCUUCUGGGCUACCUGUUCUGCCCAGCUUAUUUGCUGAGGUGUUUUUUUUUUUCUUUCAGGAUGCCCUCUAACAACCUGUGGUGUCAGGUGGAAAAGCAGUAUGUAAGUUCAGAGAUGAUCAAGCAUAGAGACAAAGUGUGAGAAUGUGGAAAGCUAUAUGAGAUGAGGCUCAGCAAGCCUAGCAUACUGUUUUUGACAGUAGCCAGUAUUAGAGAGCAAGGGAAGGGCUAUGAGAAACCCCAGGUUUGGAGUAAUUCUUCCAUUUAUACACCAUCCCAGGUUUAUGAUGGAUGAUCUGUUUUGAUCUGGUUGGAGCCAAAGUGAAAUGUUCAGUAGUCACUGGAGGAUUUGUCCUCUGCAGGUUUGUUUGGUCCUCUUUUUGACCCCUUGAUUUUAAUCAGGUAGCUACAAUCUCCCCACCUUCCAUCCUGUUUUAAAGCCAGGACACCAGGGUAAGUACAUUUUGAAGAGGAACUGGAACAUCUGGAAGAGAGGUGUAGUGAAAUGGGGGAGAGUGACAUCUGGCAAGGUUCCCUGGAGUUGUUUUCACAGCCAAAUAUUCACAGAGGAGUUUUGAAUCAUAACAGCUGGAAAUUGUCAGUGUGUUGUAAAAUUACUACAUCAUUUUGCAAAGCUUGAAAGGUGGUCAAUGACUGUGGGAAAACUAUUUGGACAAUGGAAUCCCUUGCUGAUUUGAACCUAAAAAAUUGAGUUAAAUAUCUAAAGAUGCUGUGAAUUUGGUGUAUGUUGAAAACACUAGCAUGAGCUACAGCUUGUUUCAUCUCUUGAGGCAUUAAAAAAAACAAAACCUGUUGUUUUCGA